AUGCCGCGCCCGCCCAAGAACAAGGCCGCCCCCGAGCCUGGGGUCCCCAUGGUGGCGCAGCCCAGCGCGCCCGCUUUCAAGGCGCACCCGGUCAUCGAUGUUGACCAGUUCAUCCGCGUCAGGGAUUCGGUAAGCCCCAACUUUCGCUUCCAUUUCUCUGCUUGCAACAUUCCCCCCGACCUGGGCUCUGGUGCCUUGCUAACUAGCCCACAGGUCUACCAGAGACUGCAGACAAUCCAGGAUCUGAUUAGGAGCUUUUCCCAGGAUUAUCUCCGGCAGACUAACCUCCUUAUUGGCGAGGGCACCAACCUGGAGAAUGGAGGCGAGCUGGACCGCAUCGCCGGCUCGCUCACCAACCUGGUUCCGGCUGCGCUUGCGGCCCCGCAGCCCGCUGUUGAAGAGAAGAAGGAGCGGAAGAAGCGCACCCAUGACCCGAAUGCGCCCAAGCGUCCUUUGACCCCCUACUUCCUCUACAUGCAGACGGCCCGUCCGAUCAUCGCGAAUGAUCUCGGCGACCAGGUGCCCAAGGGUGCCGUUCAGGAUGAGGGCCAGCGCCGGUGGUCCGUCAUGACUCCGGCCGAGAAGCUCGGCUGGAACCAGGCGUACCAGUACAAUCUCCGUCUCUACAACGCCCGCGUCCACUCGUACAAGCACGGCAACCCGAAUGCCAAGAACAUGACCGACGAGGAAGCCCGUGCCUACGCUGACCAGUACGGCAUCGGGAUCCCCCCGCUCCACCAGGCAGAGGAGGCGCAGGCCAACGACCAGGAAGCCAUUGCCGAGCAGCUCCAGCAGACCGCCGCCGCUGAGGCGUCACCCUCGGAGGCUUCCGAGGAGGAGCAGCCGGCCGCUCCGGCCGCCGCGCCGACCCCCAAGAAGAAGGAAACUCGCAAGCGCAAGAGCACCGCUGCGGCGACCCCAGCGGCUCCCGAACCGGAGCCCGCCAAGCCUGCGGCGGCUACCCCAGCCAGCCCGGACGCCAAGAAGCGGAAGCGGACAUCCAAGGCGGCCGAGCAGGUCGAGGAGCCCAAGAAGUCUGGUCGUAAGAAGUCCAAGACCGGCUAGGCGGCCUGUCGGGCCUUGCUGCUUCCUGUUUUUGUGUAUCUCGCUUUUCGUUUUCCUCUCAUGAUACCUGUGGGGAGUCGUCUGCUUUUUCAUCUUUCGCUUUGAUAUCCCCCCUUGACCGGCGACACUGGGGCGGAACUCAAGGGACUCUGUCGUGCGGGGGUGGGAUGUGUGUGUAGGACUUCGGGUACGAAGCAGCAAUGGUGUGCGGGCUUGCUAUACUAAGGCCUGCUGUCGGCUGUAGCUGUGUGGGGGGAUCAACGACGGGGUUAUGGGUUUGCUCUGCAAACAUUUCCGGGCGGAACUCUGGAGACUCGGCAGGAGGGGGAGCGCGCCAUGGUUCGGGCUUACAGCACACGAGGUCGUGAUGUAACUGUCUAGGUACGCACACAUGCGACCCUCACGAGCUUUGCUUUGGGUUACGAGGGCGCAUAUUGGCGGUGCAUCCGCCUGGGACUCCUUUAUGAGGAUUUUAUUUCU